UAUACACUUUUUAGGUGUCAUUCCCGUUUUAGUCUCAAAUCAUUUCAGAAGUGUUCAAAGAAACUUUUUCGCAAUUUCUUCAAAUACAAAUUCUAAAAAUAAAGAAAAUAGAAGUAUUUUUAAAUAAUGAAACUAUUUUAUUUGACGGCACUGCUGGUAGGAUUAGUAACGCUAACUACAGCCAACAUAAAUGGCCCAUAUCUGCUGUGGGGUCAUGAAAAAGUCAUAAAUCUACAACCUCGAGCCCUGUUGGAAGCCAGUGAAAAUCAAUUAUCCGAACUAUUUCGUGAUGCCAAAGCCAUAGUGAUAUUUGUCCGUAACAGUAGCAAACCUCUGAAUGGUCAGCAGUAUCCGAAAUUCCAACAAUUGAUACGAAAUAAUGCCUGGUCAUAUUUGCCACAGCAUUCCCUAUUGGCCGAUCCAUUCAAUUAUAAUGCCAAUAUAGAGGUUAUUGGUUUAAGUGGCCCCAUUGAGGAGAGUGAUUCGGAAAUUGUUGGUGGCUUUACUGAUGCUGUGUCCAUUUAUGGUGAGGGUGAAGUUUUGGGAAUCUUAACUAGCCGUGAAGAAGACGCUCAUUUUAUUGCCAAACGUGCUGCCGGCGAAAGCGAGGUUGAGGAGGGUGCCAGUACCACCGCUUCCCCACCAGGUCCUGAGGAAUUUGAAGAUAAUUACAUUUAUGUAGCAAAUGGUCGAAAAGCCGUUUUGAAUGUCAAUGCCGCCCCUGAGUUGCAUAUUAAUCACACCAAACUACUGCUGAAGGAACACACCAAAGAGAUAACAUUCGAUGAUCAGAGGUCCAAGGGUUAUGGACGCCUGAGUGUUAUUUUCAAGGUCGAUGAUGAGAAGGUAACACUGCGUUUUAACUUCACUCUCAAAUAUGGAACAUGGGCAAUGAAGGCAGUCGAGGUGCGUCACAAAGAAUACGAAACUGUGUUAACAGUUGUGGGACGUGAGUACGAUAUACCAUCGGCCCCCGUUAAAUUCUCCUAUAGAUGCUCGGCCCGACAUUUAGAGUUUACCAAUGGAAAUGAUACGCUGGUGUUGAAAGAUUACCAGGUUCAACCCUGGUUGGAUGGUGCUGAGCGUUUCGGCGAUGUCUACGAUUGCAUAGGUUUUACCACUGCCCCCAUAUGGGCAGGUGUUUUGGUAACCCUAUUCUUGGUUGGCAUACUGUCGAUUGGUAUUUUGGCCCUAAUGGAUAUUAAGACACCAAAUCGUUUUGAAAGUUCACGUAGCAAACAAUUGACAUUUACGGUACAGGAGUAAAUUCGAAAACAGAGAGGGAACACACAUACACAGCCGUAUUUAUAUAAUCCCCCAUAUCCGUACGACGGGAAUUUAUCCGUGAAUAGAAAAGAAUGUUUGUUCCCAUGAUUGUGGGCAUUAUAAAACCUUUGCUACUACUGGCCUUGGCAGUGCAAAUAUUUCUAAUUCAGUCUUUGUUCAUUUGUAUAGUAUUGUAUAUUUAUUUAUGCUGUUUCUAUUAGUAAAAUUAAGAAGAAGAAGAAAAACAACAAAUUUAAUAAUUACAUACAUAGCCUAAAAUACCAACCAACAACCGUACACAUGUUUGCUAAUUUUAAUGGAAAAAAUUAACAAUAUUUAAAAUAAUAAAGACUACUCAAAAUAUAAAAAAUA